AUCAUUCCUAAUGACGUUGCUCACCUGCUCUCAGUAUUCCAUAAAGCGACCUACUUUGACAAAUUUCGCAUUCGUGUCGCAGGAUUUCUCAUCCCCCUCUCUAGGCUUCCUUCAAACCAAACGCCGAAAUGUCAACCAAUUAAAAGUAAGAUGAGCCGUGAUAGCCAGGAACUUGGUGACUUGAAGGGCUAAAAAACAGAUGGACUUCGAGUAUUAGCAACACCCCUUUCAGUGGACUUAAGAAACAGUCAUGUCUAACAACACCACAGACGAAGUUGCUCUUUCCUCCGCCUCUGUCAUUGGCCUGAUUAUCCUAAAUUCCUUCUCGAUUGCUUUCGGGACUUGCGGUAACAUCUUGGUGCUGGUUUCCGUCGCUACGACCGCCUCGUUGCAGACAGUACCAGACCUCUUUAUCGGCAGCCUCGCCGUCGCUGAUUUGCUUGUAGUGAUAGUGCAGCAGCCUUGUUUGAUAGCGAGAGUCACCUUAGAUGGUUCUCUCGGACAGACGUUUCUAGACGUGUUAAAUAGUAUCGGUAAUCUCUCGCUCAUCGCUUCUGUAACUAGCAUGUUUGCGGUUACUAUAGACCGACUCCUCGCCAUCCAGCGUCCAUUCCGAUACACGGUGUUAGCAACAAAACCAAGAGCUCUCAUUGUAAUAGCAGGGGCGUGGGGUGUUUGCGCUUUGCUGACUGUGAUGGCAGUAUUACUGAGUGAAGGUGAAUCGAUCACAGGGAGACUCGUACUGUGGGGCUACGUCUCGAUUCUCCUCGUCGCAAUUGUCCUGAUCUACUUCUAUCUUUUUAUCGUGGCGCAGAAACACGCCAACAACAUAGUAACGGUACAAGCGCCUUCCACUACAACUACAGGCAACAACAAGCCUGUCAAUCAAAAGCAAGAGCGCAAGGCGGCCAAGACGAUAGCUAUUGUGGUGGGGGUCUUUAUCACGUUCUGGAUUCCUUUUCUGUCCUUCACAAUCAGUCAAGCCAGUGUGUCAGGCACGCCUGCGUUCAUGCGAGUGUUCUACUGGGUUUGGAGCAUCUCCAUGUGUAACUCCGCCGUCAAUCCGUACAUCUACUGCGCCAGGAGCAUAAGGUAUAGGCGCUCUUUCUGGAGGCUGCUGGGAAGGAAGUUGGAGGAGGUAGAGGCUAGCAUGGUGUCGAGGACACAAAAGGAAGGAAACGGUGAGCAGUUUUCUUCACACAUGAAGAAUUAAAUAGCCAUUGUCAGCCAUGUUUUUGUUACUCUUUUCAUUUGAAAUUGCGAUAACGUUUUUGAACUUACUAUCUAAGAACAACGUUUUAAACGAAAACCAAUAUCGAGUGUUAGAAGAAUCAAGUGAAUGAAAUGGCUUAUACCACCUCAAUCCCAAAUUCAAGAGAUUUGCCAAAUGUUCAUAGAAAAAAGAACACUCGCCAAGCAAAGAAUAAUCUCGGGCUGCCGAGGAUAUAAAACAAAUAUGGAGAGAUUAUUUGGGUCAGCUUCCCAAAACUCUGGAACUCGCUCCCACGAGACGAAGGCCCAGUCCGUCUGCUCCUUUGCUAUGACCCUCCAAAAAUUGACAUUGUGAUAAGGAUAUUCAUUGUACAUAGAUAAUAACUAACAAAUAGAUAAGAAAUUUAAUUCAUUUAUCUCGCAAUUCUUCGCUAAUGGGUUUUUAAGACCAAGCAUGUUUAAGAUUUCAUAUGAUUUUUUUAAUUUUCUAACAUUUGUAAAUAUUGCCCCGCAAUAGAAGAAUGCCUGUAGAAAUGUGUUAA